AUGCUGGGACAACAGAAAUCACCCGUGCAGCAACGAAAUCCCGACGCCAUGCGGCGCGUCAGCAGCGGACAAGGAGGAAGCAGCAGUAACAUUAGACCACCCCUCGCAUCCUCAUCCUCAUCAGCUGCUCGCUACCAGGACAUCGAGGUCCCUCUCGGUGGGACCACAGAGCUGAACGACGACGCCAAGGAGAAACGUCUUCGGAGGAUGUCUGACAUGAACGAACGCGCGAACCGUCGACUUUCUUUCCGCCAAGGUGGUCCAGCGGCAGCAGGAGGAGACGGCCAAGGUAGUGGUGGCAAUAACCUCAGCAGCCCAUCGAGUAAACUGCGACCCAGCGGACCGAGCGGUCUUUUGGGCGUUGUUGAUUCUUUGCAGGCGCCGCUUCCUAUACCCGUUACGGUCUCCAUGGACAGCUUUGAGCAGUGGUUGAAGCUUGCUACAGACAACAAAAUCAACGUUCAUAACAGCUGGAACCUUGCCCUGAUCGACUACUUCCACGAUAUGUCUGUCCUGCGCGAGGGAGACUCUAUCAACUUUCAGAAAGCAUCGUGUACGUUAGAUGGGUGCGUCAAGGUUUACACAUCUAGAGUUGACUCUGUGGCCACGGAAACUACCAAACUGCUCGGAGGUCUCGCCACCAGUGCGAAGGGACACCAAGCGGAGGAAGUUGAAGAGACCAACGACGACGACGACGAACAGGGCAAGCCAGCAAAAAAGAAGCACUCAUCACGCAGUGGAAAUACAUUGGCCAAGGACUUUAGCUCUCUUUCGCUGGAAAAGUUCAAUCUAGAAUUCUCGGUCGACCCACUGUUCAAGAAGACAUCAGCCGACUUUGACGAGGGAGGCGCUCGUGGACUGCUUUUGAACCACCUGAGUAUCGACGCAGAAGGAAAGAUCAUUUUUGAUGCCAGCGAUGCUCGAGAUGAAGGCGAUGAUGAUGACGACGAGGACGAUGAAGAGGAAGAGGACGAACCGCAUACGCCAACAGACGGUGAAGAACCCCGGGCUGGAACGAACAGGAAGAGCUCAGACGUCGAGAGCGCCAUGAUUGACAUCCAGAAAUUACGCUCCAAAUUCUUACCGUCACUGAACCAGAUCUUUAGCAAGGACAUUUGCCCGUCAUUGAAGGACUUUCAACUUUCCGGAUCGUCCGAGUUGGACUUUUCUUUCUUGAAGAGACUCCACGGCGAUGACGAUGGUGAUACCACCGGACAUGGCACUGAUCGCGACGAUGUCUUUGGCGGUGGAGAUGAUGAUGAUAACGGUUACGACGAUGAUUUUGGUAGCCCCCCAGAUGUCUAUGACGAUUUGGACCAGGACCAGGCUACGGACUUUGGCCAGAACAAUGCCGAGGCGGAAGGCAAUGCACAGGUUGAGGAUGCUUUUGGAGAUCUGGACGCACAAAUUGAGGCACGUCACGCAGGACCUGCAGUGGAGAGGAUCAUGGCUGAAUCGACAGAUGAGAUCGAAAAAGACCCGACCGACAUGUACGCGUACCUUGAUUCGGCAUUCUUGCGCAACUGGGCUGGCCCUGAGCACUGGAAGCUGAGACGUCCUCGCAAAGAGAAAAAGCCUGAUCCUAAUGCAGUACCCGAGGAAGGUGCUCCAGAGGAUGAGGAAGCGGCUCCCAAGAAGAAGGGCGGCAAAGUCCCACUUGUGAUCAAUUUCCUGGAAGCUCCAGAGGUGGACGAGAAUGAGCUGUUUGCGCCCGCCGACGCUAGUGCCUUGUCGAUUUCUAAUGCCAAUCUGGCCGAUAGUCGCAAGCAAACACACCUCCUCCCAGAUGACAUUCACUUUUCGUCAAAACAGCUCCUGCGCAUGUUCCUGAAGCCAGCAUUCAUCAUAAAGUCGAAGAACAAGAAGCCACAACCAGGAUUCCUUCAGCAAAACGAAGAUACAGAGCCUUUCGCGCUGACGUUCCCCGAUGAAGAGUUCUGGGCAUCACACACCAACAAUAUCAACGACGGGGAUGUGACUGCGCUCACAGACCAGCUGGACCAGACACAGAUCUACAACGACUAUGAUGAUGACGACGACGACUUUGGAUCUCCAGAUCAAGGAUUCUUUGCCGGACCUGGUGGUGAGGGUUUGGGCGGUAUCCUUGGGUUUGGUCUGGAUGGUGAUGGCAAUGACUAUGCCAGCCAGUUGGUCACACAACCCAAGCUCGUCAAGGCAACGUCGAUCAGCUUCUCCAAAACAGCCAAGAAGGUCGAUGUCAAGAAGCUGAAGGAUAAUAUCUGGAAAGAGAUGACCCAACAGUCGUUGAAGCGGCAAGCAGGCGGCAGGGAUGGCCAUGACCGGAGGAAGAACAAGAGGGCCAAUAUUGCGGAUGAUGAGGAUGAGGGAGGAAGGGAUAAUGAUGAUGAUGACCAUGAUGGUCAUAGUGCAGAUGAGGAUGUGGAAGGCGGUGGCGAAUAUGUCAAGAAGGAGCAACGGUUCACAGAGAUCAUUGGAGGUCUGAGCAAAAUGUAUCCGGAACAGAGGCUGCGGGAUAUCUCCGUGCCGUUCUGUUUCAUCUGUUUACUGCAUCUGGCGAACGAGAAGGAUCUGGAGAUUACCGGGUCUGAAAACUUGAAUGAGCUGGUGAUUCGGCUCUAG